AUGGAAUUGUCACAAGCCGCCGCGCGGCACCAGCCCGAGGCCUUUAUUCGCCAGCUCAAACAAGAAGAGAAGGAGAAUCGCUCUCAUGACAUCGCUGCCACCCCCGGAGAAGAUGCUGCCUCAACACCUGCUCCAGCACCCGCACAAGAACGCAAUGAGACACCCUCAAUGGUCGAUUUGAUGGACAGUGUUCUCGAUGGCUCCAAGGGCGUCCCAAAUGUCUCUGAACAACGCACUUCUCGUUUCGCCACUCCUUCUGCUCAGGAAAAGAACCGUGUCAAGCCUAUGGAUUCCAUGGAGGACUUCCUCACCAGCCUUCGACCCUCCAACAGAUCUUCAAACUCCCUGGGCAGCUUCUACAAGCCCGAGAUCAGGCCAGUAAAGGAACUCGAUUUCACCCCUGGUCCUACUCUCGGCAAGACUGUACAGGUCAGAAACGGCGGCGACGUCGGCCGCGCUUUCCGUGAGGUCGAACAACUUUGCGGCAGAAACAGAGUUCGCCAGGACUUCAACAAGCAGCGCUUCCACGAGCGUCCUGGUCUCAAGAGGAAGCGUCUACACUCUGAGCGCUGGAGAAGACGAUUCAAGGAGGCUUUCCGUGGUACUGUCAAGAUGGUCAACAAGAUGAGGAAGCAGGGUUGGUAA